CUUCGGCUGAAAAGACCUGCUCCGAGGGUUUGAAUUUGGUUGAGGUUUGAGGAAGGACGCAUCGGAGCUCCGUUUUUUGGAAUUUGGUUUUUGGGUGAGGAGAACGCAGGGACAGAGCCAUGUCGCCGAAUAGGGAUGUGCAGCUCUCUGAUAUGGGGCUUCGGCCCCACGUCAGCCAAUUCGCACAUUCAGACGCGAAUCUCCGGCAUGAGGAUGCUGAUUUGGAAUCGGUGCCACUCCUUUCCCAAGCCGACGAGGCCCCGUCAGGGACGAGCGUAGUGGAGAUCGCUUCGAGCGAGGAGAAAGUGGAGGUCAAAAUUGUCGGCAUGACCUGCUCCGCGUGCUCUACCUCCGUGGAGAAAGCCUUGAUGAGAUUGACUGGCGUGCGCUCUGCCUCAGUUGCCUUGCUCCAAAACAAAGCCGAGGUUAUUUAUGAUUCAUCCCUUCUCAAGGAGGACGAUAUUAAGGAGGCAAUCGAGGAUGCCGGUUUUGACGCGGAAAUCUUAGCAAAGAUCGCCUCGACUUCUGGGGGAGGCGCAUCUGCCACGGCUAUAGGUCAUUUUCAGAUUCAUGGCAUGACAUGUGCAUCAUGUGUUAAAUCCGUUGAGCGCCUUCUUACGAGUAUACCGGGUGUAGUUCGAGCUAGUGUUGCUCUGUCCACUGAGAUGGGUGAAGUGGAGUACGAUCCGAAUGUGGCUACCAAACAGGACAUACUGAAUGCGCUCGAUGAUGGAUGCUGGGAAGCAGAACUUAUCGACAGUACACAGCGAGACAAAUUACUGAUGAGCAUCGAUGGAGCAUACACACCCGAGGAUAGCGAGUCUAUUAAGACGAUACUGGGCUCAUUGAAAGGUGUCAGACAGUUUGUUGUGGACUACGAAGCAAGAAAGGUCGAAGUGUUGUUUGAUCCCGAGAUCACGGGAGUGAGAACGAUCGUCGAUGCUGUUGAGGGUCCAGGUGAAGGUGAUUACAGCGUGAAACUGCCGAAUCCUUACACAUCAUAUUCUCCCGACAGGGCAGAGGAGGUUCGAGAGGUUUAUCACCUUUUAAAGUGCGCACUGUGUUUUAGCAUACCGGUCUUUUUGGUUGCUGUGGUAUUUCCGCACAUAAUAUCGGUCCGCAAAGUCCUCAUGAUGCAAUGCGGGCUGUUCCGCAUAUCAGAUUGGAUCAAGUGGAUACUUGUAACACCUGUGCAGUUUUCUCUCGGCCAACGGUUUUACAUUGCCGCCUACCGAGCCGUACGCAAUGGUUCUGCAAACAUGGACGUGCUCGUAACUCUUGCGAGUACUGUUGCGUAUCUAUAUUCUGUCAGUGCUAUCAUGUACGGGGCGCUGUAUGGCUUUUGGCCAGCUUCCUACUUCGAGACUAGUGCUAUGAUCAUCACCUUCGUGCUAUUUGGCAAGUUUCUGGAAGCGAAAGCUAAGGGAAAGACAUCGGAGGCCAUUGGAAAGCUUUUAGAGCUUGCACCGACGACUGCUAUCCUCUUGACUGUCGACUCAGAAGGCCGACCCCUCACCGAAAGAGAAAUUGAUGUCCAGCUCAUUCACAAAGGGGACAUCUUGAAAGUGCAGCCAGGAUCAAAAGUACCAGCAGAUGGGCAGGUUGUAUGGGGGUCGAGUCAUGUGGAUGAAAGUAUGAUAACUGGUGAAUCUGCCCAGGUUUCCAAAGUCAUAGGUGGUGAUGUCAUCGGCGGGACCGUGAACAUGAAGGGUGUCAUGAACAUCCGUGCCACUCGAGUAGGCCGUGACACUGCGCUUGCCCGGAUCGUCAAUUUAGUCGAAACAGCUCAAAUGGCAAAAGCUCCCAUUCAGAAAUACGCCGAUUAUGUUGCCAGUGUAUUCGUUCCAAUCGUCGUGUGUUUAUCUCUGUUCACAUUAUUUGGAUGGUAUUUAGCGGGAGCGCUAGGCACUUAUCCGGAUUCCUGGCUGCCGGAGGGCACUGGACACUUUGUCUUCGCUCUCAUGUUUGCUAUAUCCGUGCUAGUCAUCGCAUGCCCUUGUGCCCUGGGCCUCGCCACGCCAACCGCCGUGAUGGUGGCUACUGGUGUUGGUGCUAGCAAUGGAAUUCUAAUCAAGGGAGGCGAUGCGCUCGAACGCGCACACAAGAUUCAGUGCGUCGUUUUUGACAAAACAGGAACAUUGACUAAAGGCAAACCAUCAGUUGUUGGCACGAAGGUUUUCAUGAAAAUAGAUACGGCCGACUUUCUCUCUAUUGUUGCUGCAGCAGAGGCGAGCAGUGAGCAUCCAUUGGCACAAGCUGUCAUAGACUACACGCACCAUUUUCUGGGAUUUGACGCCCCACAUGUGGCUGCUGAUACUUCGGACACUGCAAAAUCCAAGGACACGAGCUGGAUAAAGAAGGCAUCUGCCUUUGAAGCAAUACCUGGACACGGAAUACUCUGUGAAGUGGACAACAAGAAAAUACUGGUGGGCAACAGAAAGCUUAUGCUGGACAAUGGGGUGGAGGUCAGCGAUACCGUCGAGGACUACUUGCAGAGCGUGGAGAAACAGGCGAAGACAGGCGUAAUUGUUGCCAUUAAUGGCGUGCUGGCAGGGACUUUGGCCAUAUCAGAUCCUUUGAAACAAGAGGCAGCAGUCGUGAUCAAGGGGCUCAAUAGUAUGGGAAUUCAAUGUAUCAUGGUCACGGGCGAUAAUCAAAGAACAGCUAAUGCUGUUGCCAAAGAGGCUGGUAUUGGAAAUGUUAUGGCUGAGGUACUACCUGGGGGCAAAGUGGAUGUCAUCAAGAAGCUUCAAGCGAAUGGUGAAGUGGUUGCCAUGGUAGGAGAUGGAAUUAAUGAUUCACCGGCGCUAGCGGCUGCGGAUGUGGGAAUGGCCAUCGGAGCAGGAACAGACAUAGCGAUCGAGGCGGCUGACUACGUUUUAAUGCGAAGUAAUCUAGAAGACGUCAUAACUGCAAUUGAUUUGUCAAGGAAAACUUUUCGGCGCAUACAGCUGAAUUACGUAUUUGCUAUGGGAUACAACCUCAUCGCGAUUCCUGUGGCAGCGGGUUUGUUCUUUCCCUUUUCCGGUCUGCAAAUGCCUCCUUGGGUUGCCGGAGGUUGCAUGGCCCUGUCAUCAGUUAGUGUAGUGUGCUCCUCGCUCUUGUUGCGAAGAUACCGAUCACCAAGGUUAACAGAUCUCCUUCAAAUCAAAGUCCAAUGACAAGAAAUACAUCGUGUGCCCUAGUUGAUUCUUUUUGCUGUAAAUUAAAGAGAGUGUAAAUUAUUCAUCGUAGGUGUCCCUGCAGUUGGCAGUAAUUGCCUCCAAGUUACUUAUCAUCUGAGAAAUGAUAUGAUAAUGCCUGGGGAUUUCCUGCAUUCGGAGAUUGAUCAGUCGAUGAAUGUCCAUUCAUCUGUGCUACUACGUCCAUGAUUGGAGGUCGAUUCAUCCAUCCAUCGUAACUGGAUGUGGUCACUCUGUCUGCUUGCGUUUGUCCUUUACUUUGUCCAGUGCGGGAGAUGCUUAUCCAAGUAUCUGCCUGCUUGAUGAUGAAAUAACAAGCGCAGCGUG